GGGAGCCGAGGGAGGAGACGGAGACGAGAAAUCUGGGGAGGUUUGUGGAGCAGAACGAACAUCCGGGUGUCCGGGAGUGCGGCCAGGAGGGGGACCGAGGAACUUGGCGCACAGCCUGCCGGGGCAUGGAGUCCCGCUGAGUCUUGUACGCAUGUGCGAGGCGUCGAGGCGGCUUGGGGGGACCUCGCCUGGGAGAGUGAGGUGAGCAAGGGGAGAAAGGCGAGAAGGAUGGGGCGGUGGGUCCUGGUAGUCUGUAGUCGCUUGAAUACAGCCAGAGGCUCUCACUGGUCACUGAGACGCCCCACAUAGAUCUGGGGGCUGGAAGUUCGCCAUCAAGUGCCAGUCAGGACGUCUCGGUGCUGCCAGCCACAUGGAAGGUACGUCGCUGCCACCCCAGCCUGCCCCUGUGAAGCAGGAGGGCCAGGUGGAUGAGGGCCUGGCGCUGGAUUCACCCUGGCACCGCUUUCGCCACUUCCACCUGGGUGAUGCGCCGGGACCACGGGAGGCACUGGGGCUGCUUCGAGCACUGUGCCGGGACUGGCUGCGGCCAGAACUGCGCACCAAGGAGCAGAUGCUGGAGCUGCUGGUGCUGGAGCAGUUCCUGAGCGCUCUGCCUGCCGACGUGCAGUCCUGGGUGUGCAGCCGGCGGCCACAGAGCGGAGAGGAAGCCGUGGCCCUGCUGGAGGAGCUCUGGGGACCAGCAGUGAGGGUGCCUCGGGACGAGUCAGCCGACUCUGGGGUCAGCGUGGGAAAGGAAGAAGGCGGGAUGAUGCCCCUAGCAGGAGAUGCAGUCGCGGGGGCUGAGGUGCCGGCGACAGCGGACGCCCAGCCCACGCGCCCUUACAAGCAGGAGCCAGGCAGCCCUCCGUUGGCACCCUGUCUGCCCGCCCUCCCCACCCUGCUGGCGGCCCCAGGCGCCACGGCCACGUCCUGCCCUGAGUGCGGCCAGACUGCACUGAAGCCCGCCCACCUGCUGCGCCCGCGGCAGAACCUCACGGCCGAGAAGCCUCACACUUGCCCUGAGUGCGGCAAAGCCUUCCGCCGCAAGGAGCACCUGCGGCGCCACCGUGGCACGCACCCUGGCGUGCCCCCCGCGGGCAGCCCCGCGCUGCGGCCGCUGGCGGUGCGCGAGAAACCGCACGCGUGUUGCGAGUGCGGGAAGGCCUUCUACUGGCGGGAGCACCUGGUGCGCCACCGCAAGACGCACUCCGGCGCACGCCCCUUCGCCUGCUGGCAGUGCGGCAAGGGCUUCGGGCGCCGCGAGCACGUGCUCCGACACCAGCGCAUCCACGGCCGCGCAGCUGCCCCGGCCCCCGAUGGAGGUGGCCCCUUCCCAGCCUGGCCCUUAGGCUAGCUGCGGCUGGCCCCUCCCCACCGCCCCGCGGGCCUGGCCACUCCCUGCUCUGUGCCUCCCAACACCCCUACGCCCGCGCCCCUGACCCCCUUCCCGCCCGCCUCUUCCAGUAUCCCCUCACACCACUCUCCCUUCCUAGGGGUUUCUGCCUCCUGUGCGAAUCUCACUUCUUCCUCUGUCCCGGGCUUCUGCCUCUCCUCUCUCUCCCCUUCACUUUUCCCUCCGGAGCCCAGAAGCGGAGCAGGAGAGCAGGCUUCAAGGGUUCAGAGGCACCUGAAGGGCCGCGUCUGGGUCCAGGGAUCCCACAGACUUGCUCAGAGUGGGGGCUCCCUGCGUGGGGCCCACAGAUCAAACCUGAGGGACUGAAGUACUGCUGUGCAGACACCCCAGGGGCCACGUGGCACCCACUCCCCUGCCUCAGGUGUCACUUUGUGUAGGUCACCCUGGGUCAUCAGGAUUCUUCAAGAGAGCUGGGAUCAGAGGCUGAACUGUGACCCCAGAAGCAGGGCCAUGGGGCUCUGCAAGGAUGGGUGCAGGCACCCCCAAUCCCACGGCCCAGGAACAGUACACACAGACUCAGACCCCCGCCAUCAUCACGUCCCCCACAACCCCUGUGGUUCCUAUUACAUAGAUGGGGAAACCAAGAUGCCUGCUCUCACCCCAGCUGGGCCUGUGCCAAGCCCCCACCCACAUGGACUGUCACGGAGGGGCUGCCCCACACUCUCACCUAUCUUGUGGAUCCUUGUGGGGGUGCACUGCUGUGGCAGUGCAGAAAUGACAGACAUGAGGGUGCCUGUGCCUGUCCCAGAGCGCACUUGGCCACCCUACCUGCAGUUGCCCAGACGGGGAUAAGGUCACUGGCUCCUUAGCAGGGUGCAUGGCACACAGCAGAACUUGGAAGCCAGGUGACCAGUCGCCGUGUCAGCAGCUUGGGGUUACCUCUCAGCUCUCAGGGCAGACAGAGCUGAAGGGAUGUUGGCCUUGGUGACCAGCCACCAGCUCCCAAACCCCACCCCCCGGCCCACUUUUUGAAGCCCCUUCCCAGAGGCUGGCAGAGAGGAGCUAAAUAAAACCUCGCUCUGUU